AUGUCUCCCUACGGCAUAAUAGAAGACAUACUCCUUCACGUCAGUAAUGGUGACCAAAGUGUUGUCAUGGAUCACCACAAGGGGGCGCUGUUUGCAUUAACCGCGAAGGAAGAAACGUAUCUAAACGAAGAAACAAACGGUAAACUAACGCCAGUGGAAAAUGAAUUUCUGCGAGCUGUGAUCGAUCAAGAUAGUGAGAAAGUUGAGAAUCUCUUGCAGGGAGCUAAAGUUGACGUGAACUGUGAAGGAAGACGUGACAUGCAAGUUGUCAGUGCUUUACAAAUAGCCGCUGAAAACAACGACUUCUACAUGGUGAAACAAUUACUAGAUCACGGCGCAAAACGUCUGGUGGCGCUAGACCCACCAAACGACCACUGUGAAGAUCUGUCAACGUGUUUGCGCCGUUUGAGUGUGUACAGGGCUAUCUCGAGUCCAGCAUACAUGAGUUUGAGCAGUGACGACCCAAUGCAUGAGGCGUUCGUACUUGCCGAUGAGCUUCACAAACUCUCCAAGUCCAAUGGAAUAUAUGAUAUUUGUAAGGGUCAAUACCGACAGCUGGAAAAUCAGGUGGCCAGAUUUGCACAUGCGCUAUUGGAUAACUGCAUGACAACGAACGAAGUAGUCACAUUGCUACACGGAUCCCAUCAUACUGCAAAGACAAGAGGUACAAAAUGCUGGGCUACUGCAUUACUAGCCAUAGAAACAGAACAAAAAGAGUUCAUCGCCAAUUCGAAAUGCCAGCAAGUGUUACGCAGCGAAUGGUUGCGUGGUCAGCCCAAAUGGUCGCAGAGGAACGGAAUUCUCUGGAGCUUGCUGUAUAUUCUGUAUUGUUUAGUGGUGUAUUUUGCACUGCAGCCGUUUCUAUUUAUGGUUUACGUCGCAGCACCAUGUUCCCCUAUCUCGGUGAUAGUUACAUCGCCGAAGGCUCGUUUUGUGAUGUAUCUGGUAUCGUACACGAUGUUUGUUAUUCUGUUUGCAUUCACUGGGGUCAUUCACCUGUUGGUCAAAGGAGGAGCGAUCAACUAUCUCUACCUGUUCUGCGCUUUGUUGGUGUGGUUGUUUGGGAUGCUGUGGCGAGAGGUGCAGCAACGCAUCUAUCACGGAGUUCUAAAAUAUUCGGCCGAUUUGUGGAAUAUCCUGGACGUGUUCAUCACCACGUCGUUACUCGCCUUAUUACUUGCACAACUUUACAGCGAGAUGCGCGGGCUCGACACUCAGAACGAGACGUGGACGACACUAUUUCAACUCGCCGCUUUCGUACUGGUCUUGUCAUUUCUGCGGUUUAUGCAGAACUUCUAUCUCAGUACCACCGUGGGGAACAUGCUUCUCACGUUCAUUUCAAUGAAAACAGACGUCACUCGUUUUCUGUUCCUUUUUGGGUUUGUCGUCUGCUCGUUCACCAUUGGGUUCUUCUACCUCUACUCAGACGCGCAGUCGCCGCAUAAAUUUAAUUCUUUAGGCUCAAGUGUGGUUCAGUUAAUAUUCUCCAUAUUCGGCAAAGACAGCACGUCCUCUAUGUCAGCCACAGUGAUGGUCAAACUAGCCAGCGACGACGUUGAGAACACUCAAUACAACGCCUCCAACGUUGAUAAUGGAAACUUCAGUGCGUUACUGACUGACAACGCCAUGCAUUACAUCACGCGUGAUGUUGACAACGCCACGCAUUACAUCACGCGUGAUUUUGGUUACAUAUAUAGUGCCAUGGGUCUGACGUUGUAUGCUUUGUUUUGUUUUCUGGUUAUGUUGGUGUUACUCAACCUGUGCAUAGCGAUGAUGUCAGACACGUACACGAGGAUAAAGGAGAACAUCGACGUCGAAUGGAAAUAUGUUCGUAGUAGUAUUUGGUUGGAUUAUUUCAUUGGACCUGUGUUUCCGCCGCCAUUAAACCUGCUUCCUACGCCGCACGCCAUUAAGGAAGCAGUUACUUCAUUUUAUCGUUGUCUUUGUUUCAAGGAAUGCAAGACAAGCAAGAGUAAAGAUUUAGAGAUGAGAGGGUCAUACGAUGCAGCGAACACGUUGGACUAUGAAGAGCUGAUGCGCAUUCUGUUGACCCGAUAUAUUAGAAAGAUUGGUAAAGAAGAAUCCAAAGAGUUCGGUGUAAUUCGGAAUGGUGUUUCUAACGAAGACGACCCAAUUCACGCUACGCAAGUAACUACGAGCAUAAUGUAG